AGCUGAUCUCUGUACUGGCUCAUAAAACAAGGCAGUCAUCGGGCCAUUCGUCUGUGUUUGUUUGUUGUUCAGCAGUUGUGGGGUGUUAGACCCGAAGGUUGCGCUCUCGAUUCAGCAGCACUCGAGUUUGUCACUUAUCGUUUCUAUUUAUUGCAGCGCUGUAGGCUUUUAUAAAGAGGGAAACAAAGCUGUCAUCACAGCGCUUCCUGUUUUUUUUUAUUACAUCGGUGUCGCAACCAAACAGAACACAACAGCUGCGAAUGCAAACUUGGUUAUUGCGUGAUAGCUGACUAGUUAACUAAGCAACUAGAGUUUUUAGAAAAAAGCAAUUUGGAUGGUUUAUUUUUGUAAUUUAUUUUUCAACUAUUGGAUUGAAACAUUGUUUUGAAUCCCUUUCGGCGAGCUGACUCCGCUGUUGAGCAGAACAAUGCGCUUCGCACCUAUCCCCUGCGCGGUGGGGUUGCUGUGUUGUGUUCUGGUGUUGUGCUCGGUACCGUUGGGGACCUCGUUCCCCGUGCAGGACGAGGGGAAACCGGGCAUAACGUUUCUGGAAGAGGUCGGGCGUCUCCGGGUCGGGUUCAACUGGCGGAACCUGACCUGUCCGGUGUGCAAAGUCCUCUUCACCAUCCUGGAUGUCGCUCUGCUGAGUGACGUUAAUGAGGAACGUGUUGCGCGGGCUGUGGGUGAGGCCUGUAUCCGUCUCCACCUGGCUGAAGAGCGGGUCUGUCGUCAAAUCACAGAGCUGUUCAGAGAUGACUUCAUCAGGGCCUUGCAACAGUCUCUGUUGUGGCCGUCGGAGGCCUGUGCUCUGCUGGUUGGGAGGUCAUGCGGACGCUUCGAUAUCUAUGCUCCCUGGAACGUAACCCUACCCCGGAUCCCCAAACCCCCAGUCACCCCGCCCCGCACCCCCAAGCCUGGAGCACCACAGAGCAGGGUCCUCUUCCUCACAGACAUACACUGGGAUCAGGAGUAUGCAGUGGGCAGCUCUGCUGACUGUAAGGACCCGCUGUGCUGUCGUAAUGAGUCUGGAUCUCCCAGCUGGAAUCAGAGAGCGGCUGGGUUCUGGGGCUCCUACAGUAAAUGUGACCUGCCCCUGAGAACUGUGGAGAACAUGUUGGAGAACGCAGCGCGAACUGGACCGUGGGACUGGGUCUACUGGACAGGAGAUAUACCUGCUCAUAACAUCUGGUCUCAAACCAGGAAGCAGCAACUGUCUGAACUCACCGUAAUCACCAGACUGAUACACAGUCACCUAGGUAACUUGAAGGUGUACCCGGCGAUCGGUAACCAUGAGAGCACCCCGGUCAACAGUUUCCCCCCGCCGUUCGUCCAUGGCAACCGGUCGUCACACUGGCUCUAUGACACCAUGGCCGAGGAGUGGGCGCCUUGGUUACCAGAACAGGCCCUGAAGACUCUUAGGCAUGGUGGGUUCUACACGGUAGAGGAGCCAGGUCUUCGAGUGGUGUCUCUGAACAUGAACUUCUGUGCCAGGGAAAAUUACUGGCUGAUGGUCAACUCUACUGACCCUGCUAACCAGCUCCAGUGGCUGAUCCACAUACUACAGGCCAGUGAAGAGAAGGGAGAGAGGGUCCACAUCAUCGGUCACAUCCCCCCUGGUCUCUGUUUGAGCAGCUGGAGUUGGAACUACUACCACAUCAUCAACCGGUAUGAGGGUACGAUCACAGGUCAGUUCUUCGGCCACACACAGGAUGAGUUUCAGAUGUUUUAUGAUGAGGCGACGAUGACUAGGGCUGUGGGCGUGGCCUUCAUCGCUCCCUCCAUCACCACCUAUGUCAACCUCAACCCAGGUUACCGGGUCUACCUGGUCGACGGUAACUACAAGGGCAGUUCCCGGUUUGUUCUGGACCAUGAGACGUAUAUCUUAAACCUUACAGAGGCUAACCGACAGCCUGAAGGGGGGUUCUCCUCCCUGCUCCCCACCACCUCACAACACGCCAUCUUCCACCCUGACCCAAACCCCAAAUGGACCCUCCUCUACCGUGCUUCUGAAGCCUACGGCGUCUCAUCCCUGUUCCCGUCGGACUGGGACGGGCUAAUCAGGACCUUCCUCCAGGACGACCGUGUGUUUCAGCGGUUCUGGUACUUCAGACAUAAAGGCCAUGUGUCAGAGCCCUGUAUAGACGCCUGUAAGACAACCGUUAUCUGUUUCCUACGUUCAGGCAGAUAUGACGAGCUGGAGCAGUGUGACCUGUUGGAGUUCGGGGGAGAUAUGGUUUCAGCUGUUAGGAAGACACUGUGUUGAACAGAGAUAUGGGGGGGGGUUGGUAACUUUGAAUGUCUGUCAUGUUGUCACCAACUGUUCAAGACAUUGAAUGUGAUUCUGGGUAAGUGAAAUGUCAUGGAACACUGGUUGAACCAAAAGAACCAGACCAUCAACCAGUCUGUCCAAUCAGUAUCUGCGUUGUCAGAGGACAUUUACUGCUAGUGAAUGUCAAAAAUAAUGGGAGAGGGGGAAACGAUGUUUUCAAGUUGUUUUUACAAAGACAGAACGUUGAAUCUCUUCACUGAGGAGUUGAGUCCUGAAGUGUUCCUAGUGAAGUCUCCAAAGGGUUUCAUUGAUAGUUACUGCAUUCAUUUAGCCUAAUAGAUUUCAUCACGUUGCGACAGAGUUGAAGGUGUCUGCUUGCUCAGCCCGGGGGCGUUUUCGGAAUGACUGAAGGGGAAGAAGAGCAGCAGCUGGAGAAAUUAAGUCAGUAUUUUGGUGUGAUGUUUUCCCCAGAAUGAGAUUCGACUUCGGUUGUUGCCUGUCGCAUCCACUAGUUGCUUAGCAACCAGUUUACAUUGAUGAACUGGUUACUUAGAUUAAGGCCAGGAUUCAAUCCAUUGUUAGCUAUGUGCCAUUUAAAAAAAAUAAAAAAAGGUAAUUUUCUGAUUUUUGAGCUGAGAAAUAGAGUUUUCUGGUCAAUGCUGUCUCUCUCUCAACAUGGGAACACUGCCGUUUUCUCAGAAGGCGCAUAACUGACAGUAUGAUCAGAAUCUCGGGUCUUAAUUUUCUGGUUUUGUGAAAGCUGUUUUAAGAACUGGUGUCCAAAUUUUAUUCUUGAACCAUUUUCAGCUCUAUUGGUCUUCAGUGAGUUGUUUUGCACAUGUUGUGAAAUGAUACUGGUGAUUUUCAGAGUCUACUACACCAACUUCCACUCUCAUUCAGCACUUUAAUUUCUGGAUUGUCCUGUGUGUGUGUGUGUGUGUAACAUGUCUGUAAUUAUUAAAAAGAUGAACAUUUUUGUGAAUAAAGAUGCAUUUUGAGAUUUACUUUAA